AUGAAUGAUUUUGAACAAUUGAUUCUACCUCUCUUUUCCUUCAUCUUCUUCAUAACCCUACUUCGACAAUGGCGCUCCAUCGCCUUCCGGCAUGCGAAAAACUUGCCGCCAUCUCCAAAAGGGCUUCCGGUGAUCGGAAACCUCCAUCAGCUCGGCACAUCUCCUCACCGCUCGUUACAUUCUCUGUCAAGGCGCUAUAACAGUCACGAUCUGUUGUUGCUUCGUUUUGGGCGUGCUCGGGUGCUUUUGGUCUCGUCGGCAAUAGCCGCACGUGAGGUGAUGAAAAACCAGGACGAGAUCUUCUCGAACAGACCCAAGCUAAGCAUGCCGGAUAGGCUGAUGUAUGGUUCGAGGAGUGUUGCUUUUACUGCCUACGGUGAAUACUGGAGACAGGUGAGAAGCAUAUGCGUGAUCCAGCUCUUGAGCACCAAGAGGGUCCAAUCUUUUCGUGUUGUCCGUGAACAAGAAACGUCGAUUAUGGUCGACAAAAUCAGAAGACAAUCGGGAUCUUCAUCGCCGGUUGUAAACUUGAGCAAUCUAUUGGCCUCACUCACGAGCGAUGUCAUUUGCAGGGUAGCAUUGGGUAGAAAAUACGGCGACCAUAAUGUCGACGACGGCACAAAGUUCAAGAAGCUUCUAAAAGAGUUCAGCGAGUUAUUCGGUGCCACGAGCUGGGGGGAUUACAUACCGUGGUUGGGUUGGAUUAGUCGUGUUAAUGGGCUCCACUCGAAAGUCGAGAGAGUUGCUAAACAGUUUGACGAGUUCUUGGAGAAUGUGAUUCGAGAACAUAAAGAUCCGGGGAGAAAACAAGUAGAUCGAGAUGGAGAGUUGGACUUGGUCGACGUAUUGCUCGAGCUUCAGAGGGAGAAAUCGGAAAGUAGAAGCUCGACGAGUGAAGAUGAGACAAUCAAGGCUCUCAUAAUGGACGUGUUUGCGGCAGGGACCGACACCACAUCCAUUGCUAUCGAGUGGGCAAUGGCGGAGCUCAUAAAGAAUCCGAGAACCAUGAAAAUCGUGCAGAAUGAAGUUAGACGAGUAGCCGGGAGUAAGAAAGAGAUAGUCGAGCCCGACCUAGAGAAAAUGCCGUACCUAAAGGCCGUGUUAAAGGAGGCUCUAAGGCUACAUCCACCCGGCCCGUUACUCAUCCCUCGCGAAUCGACUCGGGACACGAAAGUCAUGGGCUACGACGUAUCGGCCGGGACACGGGUCUUGAUCAAUGCGUGGGCCAUUGCUAGGGACCCGAAAUCGUGGGAAAAUCCAGAAGAAUUUCGACCUGAGAGAUUCUUGGACUCGGGAGUUGACUUUUGGGGCCGGCAUUUUGAGUACGUCCCGUUUGGGGCUGGUCGGAGGGGUUGCCCUGGAAUUUCAUUCGCGGUAGCGGUUAACGAGCUCGGGUUGGCCAAGUUGGUUUACCAUUUCAAUUUUGCACUGCCUAAUGGAGAAAAGGAAGAGGAUUUGGACAUGAGUGAGGCUGAAGGAUUUACUGUUUACAAAAAGCUUCCUUUGCUUGUCGUUGUUCGAUUCAAUCUCAAUAUGAUAUCAGAGCACAACUAA